CUUCCAAACUUACAGCCGCAAACGAUAUACCGCUAAGCCAUCUAUACCACCAAUGCAUCUUCUAAACAUCCUCGUCAUUACUAUCAUUGGUAUCACUACCAAUAUAGUCGUCGCCGAGACCAAAUGCAGACCGCCGAACUGGUUGGAACGGACGGCUAACAAAGGCUUGGAUAACGUCUAUAAACAUACUGAUGCUUCUUUUAUUCAUGGCGUCAUUGACUCUCUCCAAGCGGUACCUCUGGACGAAUAUCAGGCUUGUCCAGAUCAGAUGAUAGAGCACUUUAGGCCUGGCGAGGAGAAAAGAUACACAAUCCCAGAUGAUAUUCUACCACCCGAGCUGAAGGGGGGUUUCGUCGUAUGCCGGGAAAACGGUACUCCCCUUAAUUAUCAAGAUAUACAAGCUAUCGAAGAGCUACAAAUGGAGGCCUGCGAAGGAAAGGAUAAUAAAUGGGGGAAACACGUCGGAGGCCAGCGUAAAGAUUACCCUCAUGGCGACGGCGUGGCAUUUCAAUGUGACUAUACUCCUCGGUUCCACAGCCAUACGGUACAAACAUGCGACCCGAAAUCGCUCGCAGAAAUGUUACUGCUUGUCAACCGAUAUUGUAUGGAUUAUCCCGGUUGGUUUUCUAUGGAGGCGUGGGACGUCACAUAUGGUCGGCAACACAAAGAGGCUCUAAAGCGCUGCUAGGAGGUAUUCUCGCAGCUAGCCGAACAGAGAGAUCGGAAUAGCGCCUAAAAGGUGAUAGGUCGGAAUUUGAAUAAGAUGGGAGUACCGCGGACUGUAUAUGUCACACGGCGACACUUUUUCGAAAGUCAGAAGUCAAAAGUCAGAAGUCAGAAGUCAAGAGUCUCUUUCGCCGUUACCCGCACAGAUCCCACUUGGUACACGUGAUCUUAACUGAUUUGAACUGAUUUUAACCUUGCAGGCUUAAAAACAG